GGCCUGCGCUCGUCCUUUGAUCACGGGUGUACUCCGAAAAGGGGGAAACAUCAGGCAAAAAUGUGACACUGCCUGCGGUGUUCAAGGCUCCGAUACGUCCAGAUAUAGUCAACUUUGUUCACACCAACCUGCGCAAGAACAACAGGCAGCCCUAUGCAGUGAGCGAACUUGCUGGUCACCAGACCAGUGCUGAAUCAUGGGGAACCGGCAGGGCUGUCGCCCGUAUUCCCCGUGUCCGUGGCGGUGGAACGCACCGUUCCGGCCAGGGUGCCUUUGGAAACAUGUGCCGAGGAGGGCGUAUGUUUGCCCCAACAAAGAUCUGGAGACGCUGGCACCGUAGAGUCAAUGUAACCCAAAAGCGAUAUGCGGUUUGCUCUGCACUGGCUGCCUCAGCCCUGCCUGCACUCAUCAUGUCUAAAGGUCACCGUAUUGAGGAGAUCCCAGAGGUUCCGUUGGUGGUUGAAGAUAAAGUGGAAAAUUACAAGAAGACAAAGGAGGCUGUUCUGCUGCUGAAGAAGCUCAAAGCGUGGAAUGACAUCAAGAAGGUCUAUGCCUCCCAACGUAUGCGUGCUGGUAAGGGUAAGAUGAGAAACCGCCGUCGCAUCCAACGCAGAGGCCCUUGCGUCAUCUACAAUGAAAAUAAAGGCAUCAUUAAAGCCUUCAGAAACAUCCCAGGAAUUACGCUCCUUAAUGUAAACAAACUGAACCUGUUAAGGCUGGCUCCCGGUGGUCACGUUGGACGGUUCUGCAUCUGGACAGAGAGUGCCUUCCGCAAGCUGGAUGACCUCUAUGGCACAUGGCGCAAACCAGCGACCCUCAAGGCAAACUACAACCUCCCCAUGCACAAAAUGACGAACACAGAUCUGAGCAGAAUCUUCAAGAGUCCGGAGAUCCAGAAGGCUCUGCGUGCUCCAAUUAAGAAAGUGAAGCGCAGACAACUGAAGAAGAACCCACUGAAGAACUUGAGAAUCAUGAUGAGGCUGAAUCCAUAUGCAAAGACUGCCAAACGCAAUGCCAUCCUGCGUCAACAGGAGAAUGUGAGUACUUGGAGGAUCGGCUUUUACUAA